AUGGACAAAUUGAAACUCAACAACACUAAUAGCUCAACAUUCUUGCUACUAUUGUUGUUUUUGCACUUGUUGUUUCUUGCUGCCCAACCAAUUGUCCACGGUCAAUCUUUAUACCAUGUAAAAACCAUAGCAGGUAGUUAUCCCUAUGGUUACAAUGGUGAUGACAUUGAACCUACCAAGGCAGAAAUCACCCUACCUGAUGGUCUUGCACUCUCUCCAAGCAACAAUGGUGACAUUUUCAUAGUUGACAAGAUAAAUUGUCGAGUGAGACAAGUAGUGGCAAGUAGUGGUAAAAUUAAAACAAUUGUUGGUGUGGGUAUUCCUGGUUCUGUCACGACAACUAUAGCAACUAUGGCUCGUUUGAAUUAUCCUAGUGCACUUGCUUUUCAGAACAGUGAUGUCAUGUACUUGUCUGAUAAUAGUCAUGUUAUUCGAAAGGUAGUAUUAUCUAGUAAUUUGAUUAGUACAUAUGCUGGUCAAGUUGGUGUACCAGGGAGUAUUGGAGAUGAUGGAGUAGCUAUCAAUGCACUGUUGAAUACACCAAGUGGAAUUGCCAUCUCUCCUGUGAAUAAUAAUUUAUAUAUUGCAGAUACCUCAAAUAACAAAAUUCGUGUGGUUUCGUAUACGGAUGGUAUCAUUAGAACAUUUGCUGGAGGUGGAACAGAUACAUCCACUGUGGUACAGGAUGCAACUAAUGCACAGUUUAACUUCCCCACUUCCAUUGCAAUCUCUAAUAGUGGAGAAGUUUACAUUGGCGAUGACAAGAUUAGAAAGGUGUUCAAUAAUGGCACCAGUGUACUUCUGUUCACUUCUUUUGGACUCUCUGGCCAGACUAAUACAGUUUAUGGAAUGGCAGUAUCUCCAAUAACUGGUGCUCUCUAUGUUACUGUUUCAGAUAGAGUAUACAUGAUUCAAUCGAAUGGAGUUGCAACAUUAAUAGCUGGAUCAGGAGCUGGCUAUGCUGGAGACAAUCAAUUGGCAUCCAAUGCCAUGUUCAGAGUCACAAGAGGCAUUGCUAUAUCCUCAAGUGGGGAGAUUUUCAUUUCUGAUGGUGGAAAUAACAGAGUUAGAAAGAUUAACACCAACAAUAUCAUCGCCACCGUAGCUGGAACAGGUUCCAAUCUUGCCUACAAUGGUGAUAAUAUUGAGGCAGUGAAGGCAAAACUCUUUGGCCCAGAAUCGGUUGCUGUCGCUCCAAAUAAUGAGGUUAUUGUGGCCGACACAAGAAAUGAUAGAUUGAGAAAGAUUUCACUUGGUGGAAUAAUCACAACCAUUACUCCAAGUUAUAGUUCACCCAGAUCUCCUCUCGUGCCCAAUGUAGGGGAGUACUAUUUUGUUGAUUCGUCAACUGUGAAAUAUCUCAUAUCUUCUAGUGGCAUUGUAAUAACUAAAGCUGGAUCUGGAACUACUGGAUACAAUGCUGAUAACAUUCCCGCUACAAGUGCUCAUUUAAAUUUUCCAAAAGGAAUUGCCAGAUCCACAAAUGGAGAUUUGUUCAUUACCGAUUCUGGAAAUCAUCGAAUUAGAAAAGUGUUUUUAAAUCAGACCAUCAUUACUGUAGCUGGUACUGGUACUUCUGCCUACAAUGGAGAUGGGCUAUUAGCAACUAGUGCCAAUAUUAAUAAUCCAUAUGGAAUUGUACUGACCUCUAAUAAUGAAGUUAUUUUUUCAGAGUAUGAAGGCCAUCGAGUGAGAAAAAUUCUCAAUGAUGGAACCCUCAUUACCAUUGCAGGAACUGGGGUGGAUGGGUAUAGUGGGGAGAAUUUGAGCGGUUCUAAUUCAAUGUUGAGAUAUCCUGCUGGUCUUGCCAUUUUAUCCAAUGAUGAACUAUUGAUUUCUGAUUCCCAAAACCAUGCCAUUAGGAAAUUAUUUAAGAAUGGAACUUUGAUAACCAUUGCUGGUACUGCACCACUGUAUGGAUACAAUGGUGAGAAUUUGCACCCUUUGGAAACUCAAUUUUAUGGACCAAUGGGUGUAGCUCUAUCUGCUGAUGAAUCUAAAAUUUUCAUUGCUGACACAAGUAAUGGAAAGGUGAGAGCGAUCUCUUUUGGUUGUGACCUACAGAAUCAAUGUAGUGGGCAUGGAGAUUGUGCAGUGAACAAUUGUUCGUGUUAUUCUGGUUGGAGAGGAAGUUCUGAUUGCUCUCUCUUCUCAUGUGAAACAUUGAAUGCCUGCUCUGGACUUGGUACAUGUGUGAGUAAUAAUACAUGCUCAUGUACUAGUGGAUGGAAGGGAAGCCUCGAUUGUUCCCACUUCUCAUGUGAAACAUUGAACAAUUGUUCAGGGCAUGGUGCAUGUGUAGGUCCCAAUACAUGUUCAUGUGAUUUGGGGUGGAAGGGAAGCCUCGAUUGUUCUUUCUCAUGUGAAAAAUUGAAUGCCUGCUCUGGACAUGGUGUCUGUGUGAGCAAUAAUACGUGUGUUUGCGAUUCUGGUUGGAAGGGAAGUCUGGAUUGCAAUCUCCCUUCCUGUGAAAUGUUUAAAAAUUGUUCAGGACAUGGCUCUUGUUUGAGUAGUAAUACAUGUUCGUGCUUGAGUGGAUGGAAGGGAAGCCUAGAUUGUUCCCUAUUCUCUUGUGAUGCUGUGAAAAAUUGUAGUGGAAAUGGAACAUGUACAUCAAGUAAUGGUUGUUCAUGCCUGGAAGGAUAUGGUGGAUUGAGUUGUGAUAAUAGAAUUGUUCCUCCUACCUAUGUCUCUCCACUUGCAUCCAAGAAUGGUCCAGUUACUACUACAGGUAAUUCUAACAUUGGAUUGAUUGUUGGAUUGGUUGUGGGUUUAACAUUAUUGGUAUUGUUAAUAUUGCUUGCAAUCAUUGUUACCAUCUGUCUCAUUGUGAAAUUAAAGAAGAAGAAAAGCAAACCACUGGUUACUAAUGAAGAACCAAUUGAAAUGAUAACAACCAUUGAUGAAAAUGUUACUCAAACAGCCAAUAGUUCAUUACUUACCUCAGAUUUCCCAAGCGAUACCUUUAACAAUUCCUAUUACCAGUUGAAUUCUUCCAAUACUAACACAAGUGCUACUUCUCCUCCUCAAAACACAGAUCAUUCUUUGCUCAAAGAUAGAUACAAGAUUCAACAAGUUAUUGGUCAAGGUGCAUUUGGUAAAUGUUAUCUCUGUUUGGAUUCUAAAAAGAAUGACAUGCCAGUUGCCAUCAAGACUAUUAGUUAUGAUCAAAGUAGACAUUCUAAAAUUAUUGAUGAAUGUUCCAAAACACUUUCAUACAGACAUGCAAAUCUGGUUGAAGUAUAUGAAUUCUUUGAAGCACAGAUUAUUCAAUCUAUUUGUAUUGUAAUGAAAUUUUAUGAAGGCGACUUGGAACAUGCCUUGAAAGAUUUGAAACAAGAUGGAAAGAUUGUCUCUGAGAAGAUGAUCAUCUCCAUCAUGAAACAACUUGGAGAUGGUUUGAACUAUCUUCACCAAGAGAAACUAAUUGUUCACAGAGAUAUCAAACCACGUAAUAUUUUCUACAGUAAAUUGGACCGUGAAUUGGAUGAAAUCCAAGUGGUUAUUGGUGAUUAUGGAGAGGCAAAGGAAACUGGAGAAACUCAAAAUUCAGUUGCAGGAACAUUGCAAUAUAUGGCGCCUGAGGUCUUUUCUAGAAAAUACAGUUAUAGUGCUGAUAUAUUUUCACUUGGAGUUUCACUCAUUCAGGCCAUGGCAAAUGAAUCCUUAGAUUUAAACAUUACAGCUCAAUUAUUAUACGAUAAGGAAGAAGUGGUGUUGGACAGAACAAUGGAACACUUGAUAUCAAGAGGUUACUCUGAGAAGCUUUGCAAUUUUAUUGUGACUAUGGUCUCAAAGGAACCGAGUAUGAGACCAACAAGUGCUGACAUUCAAAAUUUCACUCAAGAUGAUGGUGCCGAAAAGAGCAUUUAA